AUAAGAAUACUCUUUAAACUAGCACAUUCGCUUUCUAUCUACGCGCACGGCGGCGCUUUUCUGUGUGUUUGCUGAAUUAGGGUUUCUCAUUUUCCUCUCUCCUCGACUUGAAGCCCAUAGCCAUGUCUGACGAAGAACACCAGUUCGAAUCGAAGGCUGACGCUGGCGCCUCAAAGACCUACCCACAGCAAGCUGGUACCAUCCGUAAGAACGGUUAUAUCGUCAUCAAGAAUCGCCCUUGCAAGGUUGUUGAAGUUUCCACUUCUAAAACUGGCAAGCACGGUCAUGCUAAGUGUAACUUUGUUGGUAUUGACAUCUUCAAUGGGAAGAAGCUUGAAGAUAUUGUUCCAUCUUCUCACAAUUGUGAUGUUCCCCACGUCAAUCGUACCGAUUAUCAGCUCAUUGACAUAGCUGAGGAUGGUUUUGUUAGCCUGCUGACUGAGAGUGGAGGUACAAAGGAUGACUUGAAGCUGCCAACUGAUGAAACUCUUCUUAAGCAGCUCAAGGAAGGAUUUGCGGAUGGAAAAGACCUGAUUGUGAGUGUUCAGAAUGCCAUGGGAGAAGAACAAAUUUGUGGCGUCAAGGAUAUUGGUGGUGGAUCUAAGUAGGUGAUUUGGGAUGUGAUUUGUGAUGGGUUCAAGUUGUUUGAGGCAGAACCUGAAAUAUUUGUAGUACGGAGUAUUUGCUGUACUGAGAUUUUAUGUGUGAUUAUGCUGGGAACGACUUCUGUCAUUAGCUCCUUUUCCAAAGGUUACUCUCUCUAUGUUGAGUUCUAUCAGGGAAUUUCACGUGGUGUUUUUCUUAUUAAUCCCAUAUUGAUAUUUGAUGCCUUGA